UCACUUUGAAGAUCAAGACGUGUUUUGUGGUGCGCUCCUGGCCUGCGGAGAGACUCUCCCAUUCCAUUCUAUUUUGUGCAAAAAAAAACUUUUUCCACCCUGCUUCAAAUGGGGAAAAUCUGGUUUUCUGCGGAAAAUUGAAAACUUUUUUGUUGUUUUACUGUGGAAAAUUUGGUGAUCGCUAGAAAGGAGGCGUUUUUUGGGGAGUUUUGUUAGCCACAUUAGAGAAAAUAAAGAUUUUUGGGGCGUUUUGCUCAGCUAGAAUUGUACACCCAAAGUAGGCGUACCGAGGCUUGACUUCCUUUGUUCUGCGGGAGGAAUCGCAGCAAUCCGCUGGAGUUCGUGUAAUCGGGGACGGCUGACAUUUUGAUUUUUUCCGAGAGUGAUUCGUGAUAUUUUAGACAGGUUUUAUUUGAAAAAGACAAUUUUUGAGCACGGUUUUCUGCUUAAACAUACGAGUUUUGGAACCGUGUGAGUGCGAGUGAGCAGCUCUGAGAAAAAUAUGGCAGACAGUUUGGUGGAAACGCCAGCUUCCAGCUCGAGCCAUCUGAUAAACCUCGGCGGAGGCAUGAACCAGCUUCCGGUCGAUUUGCAGGCUGGGUCGUCGUCCGGGGCAUCCUCCUCGGCGGCCUCGCUGGUGGUCGCAGCAUCGUCUUCGUCCUCGUCCCCAGCACCGUCGUCAUCCUCCUCCUCCGGGGGUCAAACGUCGACAUUAUUGAUUUCCGUGGCCACCCAGCCCCAGCAAACCCACGGGCUCAACCUGAGCGAACAGAUUAUGACCGCUGGCCAGGAACAGCAGCAGCAGCAGCUCAAUCUGAGCCUGCAGCAGCCGCCACCGCAGGUCGAGGUCAAAGAGUCCAAAACGGGCCGCUCGGCGGAUCGCUCCGGCGACGACGAACCGGAAGCGAAGCGAAAGAAAAUCGAUAAACCCUCGACCAAGAUGAUCGAGAAGCUCGAGGCACGCCUCGGGGGCAUCCUGUGCUGUGCCGUUUGCCUGGACCUACCCCGGACCGCGAUGUACCAGUGUUCCAUGGGACAUCUGAUGUGCGCCGGAUGCUUCACCCACCUGCUGGCCGACGGCAGACUGCGUGACCAGAACGCGACCUGCCCGAACUGUCGCACCGAGAUCAACAAGAACAACUCGUCGCGCAACUUGGCCGUCGAGAAGGCCGUGUCGGAGCUGCCCAGUGAGUGCCAGUACUGCGGCAAUGAGUUCCCGAACAAGUCCGUUGAGUACCACGAGAGCAAUGAGUGCGAGGAGCGGCCGACCGACUGCAAGUUUGCCCGCAUUGGGUGCCAGUGGCGCGGCCCCAUCCACGAGGUCCCCACGCACGAGACCAACUGCGCCCAUCCGAAAAAGUCCGGCGCCGAGGUGAUGGUGGCUCUGCACGCCCACGAUGCCCGCGCCGCCGAGGAGAAGAAGCUUUUCCUCACGUUGAUCGAUCUCUUGAGUUACGAGAAGAUUAUCUUCAAUGAUCUCCAGAUGAAGCCAUACCGUACGGACGAGUACGUGCACCGUUUGUACUACGAGACGUCGCGCUUCUCCGCCUUCAACCACCAGUGGGUCGUGAAGGCCAUCAUCAACAAGAGCCAGCGCGAUCCGCACCAGUCGUGCGAGCGGGACAUCAACUAUCAGUUGAUCCUGAAGUCGAAGACGUCGAGCCCGCUGGCGAUGCACUUUUUCGUGCUGCGGGGCCCCUUCUCGGACAUUAAGAGCGAAACGCAGAUCUACAAGCACGACUUUACCGAGACGGAAACGGAGAGCCCGUUCAAGCUGCUGCCGCUGCCGGACACGGCCGAGUGCAACCGGCUGCUGGCGGCCAAGGCGAUCAACUUCAGAUUGAUCAUGUUUUUGGCAUCGAAGUAAAUCUCGCCGCCGCAGCGACAGAUUGUUUGUGAUGGUAACAUGUUGCAUCAACAUUAGCAAACCCCCCUAGCUCCCCGCACCGGUCUGGUAGGUGGUUCGGGAAAAUUUGGCCGUUGUCCAAAGUGAACCGUGCGUGCGGGCGGACAACGUUUAGUGUUUAUUUUGUAUUGCGUUUGCAGCAAUGUGGAUUAUGAUUUAUUGUCAUUACUCGAUCACACAUGUCUACUCUGAAAAGCCAAAAUCCUGUAAGUGGUAUUUUUUUUGUUUUUUUUUUUUUACCUUAUUGUUAGAAACCUCGUUUUAUCGUACUCUCAGAUAGUAAUAUCCGGUAGCCGGGCACGUUUAGAUUUGAAAUGCAGUCAAAAUUUAAGUUUUUGAAUUCACAUCGCACAAACUGUUCGAAUUCAACGGGAAAAUCACAAAGGUUUUGUGUUGAUGAACAGAUUAUCCGUUCUUUUUAAAACAAAUAAAAGCAAACAAAUUAGAACAAAUGUUAUCACACUAAUCGAAUGUAUCUCAAACCCAUCCGGAAUAAUAAUUAUCACAAUAGUUUAUUUAAUAAAGCAGCGAAAAGGAUAAGCUAAUAAGUGUAAUUAAACAUAAUUUUAUCAUCAUACCAAUAAUAGCAUAAUGUCGUCGGGACUCGAUUUCGAUGUCCAAACCUACCAUUGAUUGUUUUGUUAUAGAACUUUAUUUUAUUUGUUUGUUUUUAACGCGAAUGCCAUUUUGGUUGGAGGUAGACAAUUAUUUAAACAGACAGCCGAGCAGGAAGCGGAUGCAGCCAUAUGUAAAGAAGAAAUAACUUUACUGUUUAUUUCUUGCUAAUAUUUAAUUUUCAAUUUUCGGUCAAUUUUCGCUAAGUUUGUGGAUUUAUUAUUAAAUAAUAAGCAUGAAUCAUACACAUAUUUAACUACUUUCUAAGGCUACGGUCGUGCUGUAGUGAUACAAUAAUUACCAUGAUAUAAAGCAGCAUUGGCAAACGAAAAUCGCUCUUUCACCGCUUGGAAAAAAAAUAAAUCAUGCAAAACGAUGCAAUAAAAAAGAACUUCUUUCACGUUAGCGAAUAAGUGAUAUUUUUCGUCUUCUAACGCUACACUCUCACAGUGAAAUUAAAAUGUUUCUUUUGCUUUGUACGAGAGGUGGCACACAAUUUAAAAUAAGAAUGCUUGCUUUUUGAAGUAUAAUUUUAUAUGAGUAAGAAAAGUAUAUUUAUAUAUUACUGUAAUAUAGCUUGUAAGAUGCUUCGCUCUUGAUCGUAUUUUAUUUACACUACAAUAAAUUUGUUUUCUUCUGUAAUAAACUUAUCUGUAUUCUAAC